AUGGCAUCCAACACGAUGAACUUUGGUCCCGAGUGGAUGAGACGUUUCCCUGCCAGGACCAGUCAGUCUCAACCCGACCUGCUCGCCAGAGCGCCUUCGCCUCCUCCUGUCGCCCCAACCCACCAGGACUGGGGUCAACCCGCACUCCCCGCAUCCCAGGCAGCCUUGCCUGCCUUCAGCUACUCCUCAAUCGCCGCCAGCAACGUCCGCUCUCACAACGGAACUUCUAGCUCGGACACCUCUGUCUUGGACACAAUCAACGAUGGAAGCAGCAACGGCAAUGGCCCCAGCUUUGCUUCGGACUCGUUGAACCCCUUCAAGUACUCCAAGGAGCUGAUGAUUGCACUCUACAAACCCACAGGUCUCCCCAUCGAGUUUGAGAGACACGCUGUCAUGACCAGCGAAGACCCUCUCGCUCCCAUGUCGACUUUGCCAUUCUCAGAACACGAGAUCAAGCUCCUCUCCGGCAACGUGAACAGCGAAGUGGCGCGCAGGACGGCUCAACCAGGAGACAGCCCCUUGGAGAGGCCACAAGGGCAGCGUCGAGAGAGUUUCUCCAUUACCGGCGACAACUCGGGGCGAUAUGACCGGUCGGAAAAGCCCUCGUCCUACACACGCAGCUAUGAUUCCAGAGGUCAUGCUACUGGAACAAAACCACGAACCUUGAACAGCGAGAGUCGUAGCCAUUCAUUCAGGCGAACAGAGCAAGUUGUGGUGGAACGUGAGAGUGAGCCAGAGGAGGAUGGGCUUUGGAACUCCCCCGUUGGCAACUCAGUGGGCUCCUUUGACGCCAAUGGCGUUUUUCGAAUCAGCGGAGAAGGCGAAGAACUCCAACCCCUGGCAGAUCUCGAGGAAUCCCCAGCCGUACCAUCCAAUGACGAGACAACGGGUACGUCUCUUGUCGAGGAAGGCGACGACCUCAGUGGCGUAAAGACGUCUCUCUUUUCUCUUCGGCCACAGGAGCCAACCUACUCAGGUCAUGGUUCUGAGAAGCCUGGCGUUGUUUCACCAAUUCUCUCUCAGCGCACAAUGGAGCCUAUUGCUCCUGUCGACAACAAUCGCAUUUCUGUUACCAUGCUUACUGGAAAACCUACUGAGGCAUUUGCAGCUCGGGAUUCAGACGAGUUUACGUCGUUUGGUGAUAAGCCACCAUUGAGUGCCUCGCAUCCUCCAGGCCUGGUUCCUGAGCCUGGAUUCAAGUCCUUGCUGGCGGAGAUGGGCACGUGGCUUUAUCGGGACCCUAGUGGCAGCAUUCAAGGACCAUUCUUGUCGAGCGAGAUGCACGAGUGGUACAAGGGAGGCUUCUUCACGUCAGACUUGCUUGUGAAGCGCGAGCAGGAUUCUACGUUCGAGCCUUUGGGGUCGUUGAUCAGGAGAGUUGGCUCUGACGACCAACCGUUCUUGACUGCGGGAGUAAUUCGACCUGAGCCCCUGCAAUCGCCUGUCCAUCCCAACCGCCCUUCCAUUCCCUCGUUGGCGCAGAACAGGCAGCCAGUCCCGCAGCUGCCGCAGUCCCCAGGCUGGAUGGGGAUGAGCGCUCCUUCGACUCCCAGCACAGCUAACUUUGGCACAGACCGAUUGAUGUUACAGCAGCAGCAAGUCCAGCAGCAGCAUUCUUCUGGUGACUUGUUCAGCAGCACCAACGGACUCGGUCAACAGCGCACGGGCUUUAGUGGUGCUCAGGAGCCUGUUGCUUUGUCUGGACUGGAGUCGAGAUGGAGCUCUGCUCAAUUCAGUCGUCCUCACAUUGCAGAGUCUAAUGCUGGUUGGGGAGGCGAUGCCUUCUCUCGUUCGCCUGUUGCCAGCAUGGCUGCAGCUCACACUCCCUUGGGAAGUGCCCACUACAUGGAACAGCAACAAAGACUUCAUAACCAGGAGCUGGAGCGCCAACAGUACAUGCAACUCCUUCAGCGCCAGGCCCAGAUGCAAUCGAUUAUGCAUCAGCAGCAGUUCAUGGCUGCCCGCCAGCAAUUUGGGACCGAUCCUCAGGCUCUUGCAGCCUUGCUUGCUCAACAGCAGGCUCAGCAGCGACAGCUUCAGAUGCGAUACCAACAACUACAGUUCACUGGCAUCCAUGCCCAAGGCCCAUCGACUCCUGGAGGCACCGCUGUUCCAUGGGGGGGAAUGGGACAGCCCUCCAGCCCUUGGACAACGUCGAUUAUCCCCUCAAACUCGGACAACUACUUUGACUACAACAAGGGCGAAGGCAGUCAAGCUCCCUACUCGAUGCGCCAGCAGCCUACACCUAUGCAGCCACCCCAGCCUCAUCAACAGCAGCACCAGUUGUUCCAGCCAUUCCAGCAGGAGCACACACAGUUCCACCCUGGACGUCCCAGUGAGCCUGUGAUGCAGGUUGGUCAGACGCCUCAGUCCUUAGCCCAGGAACACCAACAGCCUCAGCUUCAACAGCAUCACCAGCAGCAGCAACACCAACAUCAAGAACUCCAGCAGCAUCAGUCUCAGAUAGCCCAUGAGCAAACCAUCGAUGCCGUUGCUGGCAAGAUGGCUGAUCUUCAGGUGCAGGAAGAAGUUGGUCAGGAGGUCGCGAAGGAUGAUCUUGAGCCCUUGGAACAGACUUUGUCUGUCGUCGAAGAGGUGGCACGCGCAGAGGAUGUCAAGGCGUCUUUGGAGCACGUUGAGGCGGCGAUUCAAGGAAAGGUCCAUGAAGAGGAGAAGUUCGAGGAUUGGGAGGAGAUUGAAGACCCGGUUAAUGAGCUGGCUGCACAGCACGAACGCAGACAACAGGAUAUCAGGGAAGGAUCUGUUCACGAUGACGAGUUCGUUGGCGAGACCUUGGCUCACGAGGAGCACGAGGUUGAGGAGGAGCACGAGGUUGAAGAGGGGCACGAGGUUGCAGAGGCCGCCGAGGACACUGCUUCCGAGACUGCAUCAACCACAGCCGCUGUAGAAUUGCCUGCACCUUCGUCCAUCAAGGCCAGUCCUGCACCAUGGGCCAAGCCAACGAACGUGGAUGAUGAGGUCGUGGAGAAGAAGGGACCCACUCUUCGUGAAAUUCAAGAGCUGGAGGCCAAGAAGUCUGAGGAGACAAAGGCUGAGAGGCACGCUCAGCUUGCUGCCGCUGCUGCACUGGCAGGAGGCAAUGGCGCCUUUGAUUUCGCCAAGGGUAUGUCUGGCGCCCCCGCUUGGAGCAGUUCCGCGCCCACUACCCCCAAGAAGAAGACUCUGAAGGAGAUUCAGGAAGAGGAGGAGGCCACCACAAAGAAAAAUCGUGCCGCAGCCAAACAGGCCCAGACGGCAGGCCUCGUUGCCAUCGUCACGUCGAACACUGGAUCUGUUGGUAAACGCUAUGCUGACACCGUUGGACCUAAGCCCGUGCCAUCCAUCGCGUCUUCGGGACCAUGGAAUAUGUCUCCCGUCACUGCCAGCAGACCCACUUCGGUGACCCGUAGCUCUCUCGUUUUUGCCGCCAACCCAUCUGCCCACUCGCCCACUACUCCUCACUCGAGAGGAUCCGAGAACAGCUGGAUCGAGGUGGGUUCCAAGCGCGAUUCACAUCCCACACCAGCCACAGUGACCCCUGCCGUCACUCGCAACUCAACCACCCCCGCCCACAAGACUGUUAAUCCGAACGAUCCCCAUCCUGCUUCUGAGGAGUUUUUGAGAUGGUGCCGCCAGGCGUUGAAGGGAUUGCAGGGUGUUGUUUUGGAGGACUUUAUCCAGAUGCUACUCACGUUCCCCUUGAACCCUGAUCCGAUGACGGUGGAGAUUAUUCAGGACUCGAUCUAUGCUAACUCGCAGUCGCUGAACGGCCGCCAGUUUGCGGACGAGUUUAUUAAGCGUCGCAAGGCGGAUGCUUUCCCCAAUGGUGCACCCGCGUCGAUGGUGUCCGGACAUACCCCUUCCUCUACCCCUGAUUCUUCCUUCAAGGUCGUCUCCAAGAAGGGUAAGAAGAAGGGAACUCUAAAUGCCCAUGGCGGGGGAAACCUUCGGAACCACUUUGGAAACUACACCCGCCUUGCACCUACAUCCCUAAGAUUGGGCGUCGUCCCGCCCGAUGUCCAUGGACUUGUCCCAGAUCAUAUUCAAAAACCUGGGUAUGCACUUCGAGGUGAACCGUCCGAGUGGGCGGCGGGGAUCCCGAUCAAUGGACCUGAGGAGAUUGAAAAGUGUCGACGCGCCGGACAGCUUGCCAAGAAGAUCUUGGAGCUAGGAGGCACUCUUGUCAAAGCUGGUGUCAGCACAAACGAGAUUGACAGGAUCCUGCACGAAGCCAUCAUUGCAAACAAUGCCUACCCAUCACCACUGAACUAUAUGGGCUUCCCAAAGUCUGUAUGCACCUCGGUCUCCAAUGUCAUUGCACAUGGUAUCCCUGACAAUCGCUGCCUCGAGGAUGGCGAUAUUAUCAACAUCGAUAUUACUGUACACAAGGCAGGAAAAGAACUCGUGGAGCACACGAAAGAAGCCCUUGAUGAAGCCAUCGCGAUCUGUCAGCCGGGAGUACCUCUGAACCGGAUCGGAAAGACUAUUCAAGCGAUUGCUGAUCGACACGGGUACACAAUCUCGGAGCAGUUUUCAGGACAUGGCAUUGGCAAGGAGUUUCACUGCCUUCCUCUGAUCUAUCACCAUGACAACGAUGAGGAUGGGACGAUGGAAAAGGGCAUGAUAUUUACGAUUGAGCCAAUGUUUUGUCAAGGAACUGCUGUGGGCGUUCAGUGGCCCGAUAAAUGGACAGUGGCGACAGCUGACGGAGGUCGCAGUGCUCAGUUUGAACACACAAUUGUAAUCACCGACGAUGGUGCCGAGCGUUUGACAGGUUAG